UUCUUCCGUGCGCACAGACUGCUCGUAUAUAAUACGCGUUGUGACAUGGUGGAGCACACUGCAUGCUCGAGAGUUGUGGUUGUCUGACCGUGGUAAAGUGGUUGUUUUCGGACAAAAACACGGUCUAAAAAUGGAGGAGUUAUUACCACAUCCAAGCCCCAACGUGUCAAUGAACGGUAGCAGUAGUGGAUGCCACGGCUGUAUGGAUUUCGUCGAGGACGACCAGGGUUCUGUGAUUUUGACCAAACUUCUCAAGCAACGGACAGACGACAAGUAUUGUGACAUGGUGCUACGGGUUGGUGGCCGUGUGUUCAAGGCCCACCGCAACGUCCUGGCAGCGUGUAGCCCGUACUUCGAUACAAUGUGCAAUAGUUGGUUGGAAGAGGACCUGCAAGCGAUGGCGAAUGUCUCUUGUACUUCACCUGAAGGGAUGGAGUUGAUUUUGGACUACAUGUACACAGGUAGAAUAACACUGACGGCAGAUAACGUUGAGUGUAUACUCCGUGGUGCCGACCCAUUCCUCAUGACAAAUCUUAAAAACUACUGUCUCAAAUUCCUCUCGCUGAACAUGGACUCCUCGAACUGCCUGGUGGUGAGACACUUGGCAGACCUGUAUCAAUUCAAAGAGCUCUACCAGCGAGCUACAAAAUUUAUCCGUAAUCAGUUCAUGCAUGUUGUGCAGUAUUCCAUUGAAGACAUCCUUCAGCUGGGUCUCAGGGACGUCCUGGACUUGAUCACCGACGACAAAAUACGAGUCGAGAAAGAGGAGAGCAUCUACGAGAUGGUUAUGGAGUGGGCGAGAAUUGAUACAGAGAGGGCAGCACAGCUCCCUAAAUUACUGGCGCAUGUCCGUCUGUCACAGCUGGAUCGCAACUACCUCAAAGAUGUCGUGGAGAAAGAACCGCUUGUGAUCGGAAACGAUGAAUGCUUGAAACUUUUAGCGGAAGCUUUACAUCAGACGGACACAACAAGGAGAAGCUACUGCAGCGACAGUCCAGUCUUGAAACCCCGUAAAGGACGAUUGACUGACGUUGUGGUCAUUACGGGUGGUGUCAGCGAUCAGGGCCCACUGGAAAAGAGCUUCGGUUAUAUCAUCGACGAGAACAGAUGGACACUGUUGCCAGGGUUACCUGAGCUUCGAUUCCAUGCCGUAGCUGUUCUAAACAGCUGUUUGUAUGCAGCUGGUGGAUCGAGCAGCGGCAUUGUUUCAAACUGCGUCCACUGUUACGACCCCAUGAAUAACUCAUGGGGCACCGUGGCCAGUUUACAAACACCCAGAGAGUACAUCUCCCUGGUAUCGUGCAAUGGAUGUCUGUACGCCAUGGGGGGCAUGCGAUGGGAGCGUCUACAACAAAGUGUAGAGAGAUAUGACCCCGAUAAUGACCAAUGGUGCUACGUAUCGCAGAUGCCCACCAAACGUUAUUCCAUGCACCUUACAACACUCGGCAAUCGCUACAUUUAUGCGAUAGGCGGUCGCGACGCCGCCCGGCAUUCUAUAUCGACGGUUGAACGAUAUGACACGCACACCGACGAGUGGACAAGUCUACCCGACAUUCCUAUCCCGCACGAAGACCCGCCUUGGGAGUUUCCUGUCGUUGAAGCCUACGACAACAAAAUCUACGUCACCGAUCUUGCCACAAAAGCCUUCUGUCUGGACGCCAUCAAGAACAAGUGGUCUGAAGACACGUGUAACUUUGGCCCGGUCGCGGGUGGCGCCUGCUUACAGUAUUGCACCAUGGACCGAAAUGUGUUUAUCUUUGAGGGAUGUGACGCUUGCAUCUUUAACCGGAAGCUGAACCUCUGGAGCAACAUCGCAUCUCCGCCUGUGUCUACACUCGCCUCAGCAUGUUGCGUCUUACAAGUGCCUUAUGAGUUUCUGACUAAGACGUUGUAGAUGAUGCCUAAAUUCAAU